AUGCGCCAGCAGCGAAAAAACGUAAUCUCACAUCAGCAUAAUGGCUUGACGAUACGGCAGGAUAAAUAUAUUUUGAAUGGUGUUGAACUUAGAGUUCGACUGGUGCGUUCUAAGGAUGCUUUUUGUCUUAUGGAUCCUAUUAACCGGGCUUAUCUCCAUAUUGAAGAAGCAUCUCUUCUUAUUUGGCGUGCAAAAAUCAGCCCUGGAGUUCUGCUUGCACAGGCAAAAGCUCUUUUUCAAGGUACGGUCAAGUACCCACGCACCAGAGUAGAGGUUAAAACACUCACAAUUCAUUCUGGUGUUGAAAGUGAAACUCCCGAUAACGUUAUACUCGGCCACCUACCUAAAAGGAUCAUCAUUGGAUUUGUCAAAAAUGACGCAUUUAACGGUCAUCGUAGUAAAAACCCCUUUAACUUUAGACACUUUAAUAUCAAUCAUUUCUCUCUCUACGUGGACAGUAUGAAAAUCCCGUUAAAGCCUAUGCAACCAGAUUUCUCAAAAGGAAAUCGAUACAUUGAUUCUUAUCAUACUCUCUUUUCCGGGACGGGGAUUCAUUUCAUAAACGAGGGAAAUGAUAUUUAUCGUUUGGAUUAUGCAAAUGGAUACUGUCUCUUUUCAUUUGAUCUUCCUCCUGAUCUUUCUGCAAAAUGUCAAUCACACUGGAAUCUCGUUAAACAUGGUAGCCUUCGCAUUAAGCAUCGUGUAGAAGGAACACUACAACAAACUAUUAAUUGUAUAAUCUACGCAGAAUACGACAAUGUCUUGGAAAUUGACGCGUCCAGACAGGUUAUAGUAUAUUACAGCUGUUAA